AUGAGCAGCAACAACAGCAGCAGCAGCAGCAGCAGCAACAGCAGAAGCUGGAUAAGCAGUAGGAGAAGCAGCAGCAAGACAAAGAAAAGAGCAGCAGCAAUUGCAGAAACAACAGCAACAGAAACACCAGCAGCAGGACUAGCAGCAGCAGCAGCAGCAGAACCACCAACACUAGCAGCAGCAGCAGCAACAGCACCAGCAGCAACAGCAGCAGCAACAGCACCACCACCACCAGCAACAACAGCAACAGCAGCAGCACCACCAGCAACAACAGCAACAGCAGCAGCAGCAGCAGCAGCACCACCACCACCACCAGCAACAACAGAAACAGCAACAGCAACAGCAACAGCAGCAGCAGCAGCAGCAGCACCACCACCACCACCAGCAACAACAGAAACAGCAACAGCAACAGCAACAGCAGCAGCAGCACCAUCAGCAGCAGAAGCAGCAGCAACAACAACAACAGCAGCAACAGCAGCAGCAGCAACAGCAACAGCAGCAGCAGCAGCAGCAGCAGCAGCAACAGCAACAGCAGCAGCAGCAGCAGCAGCAGCAGCAGACCUUGUUCAAGCCUGA